AUGCGCUACUCAUUCACUGUCGCUUCCCUGGGCCUGAUCUCCUCGGCGCUGGCCAUCACGAUCACCGCGCCGACGGCAGGCACCGAGUGGGAUUUCUCCACCCCCCAGACCAUCAAGUUCACCAGCGAUGCCAGUGACCCGUCCUACAUCAGCAUCAUCCUGAAGACCGAGGAUGGCUCCUUCCAGGUCAAGCUGGCCGACAACGUGAAGACCUCUUCGGGGGAAUACACGACCCAGCCUGAUCCUAGCAUUUCGAACGGAUCCGACUACGAGAUCCAGAUUAUCGAUUCUUCGGGCCAGCUCGCCGUGAGCCCCGUCUUCACGGUCGAGAAGGGUGCGUCGAGCGCUGGUACCAGCACCUCUUCCUCCUCCUCCUCCUCCUCGUCGUCCUCGUCGUCUACCUCAACUUCCACCUCGUCCUCUUCCACCACUUCAUCCUCUUCAUCCCUCUCCACCACCACCACCACUUCAUCAUCAUCUUCAUCUUCUUCUACAAGUGAGACCACAUCCACUUCAGUCAUCCCCACGACGACGGUCUCGAACUCCACCAGCACUGGGGCUUUGCAGUCCGUUGGUGCGGCGUCGGCGGGGUUCAGCGCUCCCAAGGGAGCUGUGGCGCUCCUUGGUGCUGCUAUUGCCCUCUUCUACGUUUAG